AUGCUGCAGAGUAUGCCUCGCGCGCUGCAAGACCCGGUGGCCCAGAAUGGGGAGGGGGACUUUUCGGCUGUUCAGCCAGAGUUGUUCUGCUGGGACUGCCAGGCGCCCAUGGCGGCCCGCCCCCCGCGCCGCGGCCGGCCGCGGCGCGGCCUGGCCGCCGCCGGGUGCGGCGCCGCGGGGCUCUGCGCGGCUCAGACCGCGAGCGCCGCGAAGGAGACACUGCGGGCGCUUCCGUUCGCGGUUCCGGACUGCUUUCUUUUCGAUCCGAUCCUGAUGUGCGAGCUCAGCGAGGCCAUCGCCAGGGCCAAGGUGCUGGCUGACAUCGCAGGUGAAGACAUCGAGGUGGACGCAGCUGAGGUCUGGGUCGUCAGCGACCCGUCGCACCGCCGCUUCGGUGAGCAGGUGGAACCGGGCAUCCUGGAUGACGCCGCGCGGGCCCUGCAACGCGAGACUAGGGGGGUGGUCCAGCUCGAUGCGAACGACGCGGGCUCAGAGGUGCAUGUUUCGAGGGUCAACUCCAACGACAUUGCCGAGUGGAAGAGCAGGGUCGGCGGAGGAGGAGAUCCUCGGUUGCUGGGCACCUUCCGCACUGCGGGCGGCAAACGCUUCCUGCAGACCAAGGAUGCCGUCGGCAAGCUUGAGGAGACAAAGUUCGAUGACUUCCCUUUCGACGACCCUCGUGCUGCCAAAGAGUAUCUGGACGGGAUCCUCGAGACCACCGACGGCUCGUUCGACGCCUACCAUCGGAACUGGUGCAUGGCGGCGGGGGUCUCGCCGAACAGUGGCAUCGCCCACGAUCGCCGCAUCAUCUUGGAGGCGAUGCGUUUGGGUCUCACGUAUGACCAGAUCAACCUGGCAAACUCGGCCAUGGGCGAGCAGCUCGUCAGGCGGCUCAUCCAGCGCGAGCUCGCGGUGGAGAAGGACGCGAAGCACGCGGACUACAGCGGGCUCGGCUACAUGCUGGCGGGAUCUACUGAUGAUCGGGGGAGAGCUGCCGUCCCGAAGUUCACCAUGUGGGUCGCCGAGAAGCAGCACCAACGGGCCUUCACGCCCAAGCAGAGUCGACUGCUACGAGAGGAGAGACAGGCCGACGAGAAGAGGCGUGGCAAGGGCCCCAAGGGGUCCAGGGGCGGCGGCAAGUCUGGCGCUGGUGAGUACCUGGAGUGCGUGGACGUGCUGGACAUCAAGUCCAGCGUCUUCUGGAGUCCGUCCGAAGUUUGCACAGCGAAAGACCUGUACACUCAGGAGCCACAGCACAUGGCGCCCUACCUUCCCGAGAAGUUGAAGGUGACGAAGGCUGUGUUGCGGCUGGCCACGGACUUCCGAAAACAAAUCGUGAAGAGCGAUGCCGAGCUGGAGGCGGAUCGAUUGGGAGGCGCGUCUGCCACUCCGUACUGGUGCCCUGACCUUCGGCGCUCAAAGAAGAGCCGACGUGAGUUGUUCGCCAACUUGUGCAAGCGCAAGCUGCUCACCUUCAGGCGCCGCAUCUUUUCGAGAGUCUCGAUUUUCUUCGUUUGGAAGAAGACUUGGAUGACCCGUCUUAUUGUGCAUGCUCGGGCCACCAAUGAAAAAUGCAGGACGCCACCUCAUGCCGACCUGGGCACGAUCGCGGCUCUGGCGGACACUGACCUCAGCCUGUCGGAGCUCUCUGAUGCUGCCGACGCCGAGCUGACUCCCUGGAUGUGCGACAACUGGCGCAUGGCCAGCUGGUUCGGGAUGGACGACCCCGACGAGGCCUCGCCCGAGCUGCCCGGGAGAAACACCGAGUACCUCGGGCGAAGUGCUGCGGAUCUGGGUCGGCCACGUGGCACUUCCGCCACCUCCGCCUGCUCCCUGCGCGGCUGCCAGUGCCCCUGCUCCUACCAGCUCCUCGACCUCAAGGGCUUCCCCUACGAGUACCUCCACGAGAGCCACUACGGGGCCCUCUUCUGCGGGCGCUACAAGGGCUGCUACGACCGGGCCCUCUACUUCGUUUUCGGCACCCUGUGGGACUUCAAGUGGGCCUCCUACUGGGACCUCAAGGCCGGCUCACCGCUUACGUCGGCCAGCAGUGGCGGGCCACUGCUCGCGCCCAGGCAGCGACCCGAAGGCAGGCGACAGCGACUCGCCCGCCCCCCAGCUGUUCGACACGGGCCCGCUCCGCAGCCCCGCAACCUGGUGGAGUGCAGCGUCGCGCCCGGCACCCUGCGCACCUACAAGGCCGAGGUCGCGGAGUUCAGAGCCUGGGCAGCUGGCAGGGGCCUCGGCCUCCGGACGCCAGAGUCGGCCGACUCUGCGAUGUCGGACUAUUUCGACUGGCUGUUCGCUCAACGGGGGCAGCCUCAGCUGGGCAGGUGGACCCUGUACGGCUACGCGCUACUGCACCUCUCACACCUCGGCCGAGGCGGCCAUGUGCUACCUAGAGCCAAGGCAGCGUUGAGGGGCUGGGUACGGCAGAUGCCAGGUCGCAUCCGUGACCCUUGUCCGAUCGAAGCCGCCUGGCUGAUCGCUCAGUGGAUGCUGCUCAAGAAUCAGGCUUUCUACUUCUGGUGUUCGCUAGCGGUGGUAAUGCAAGUGGAUACCUAUGUGCGUCCAGGCGCUUUGCUGGACAUCAAGAAAGAGGACCUGGUGCCACCGCUUCUGCAGCGGGGCUCACGCCAUGUGGAUGAGGGCCUGGCGCUGGCCCCUAGCGCAAGAACUGGCAAAACGAAGUCGGGCGAGCAAGACGACGCUUUGAUCAUUGGCAUCCUGGACAGUGCCUUCGUUAAAGAUAUGGUCGCUUUCUUGCAUAGCUCCGCUCGCGGAGGUGAGCGUAUCUUCAGACACCUCACUCUGCCGUCUUACGAGAAAGCCGUCAAAGACGCAUGUGAGGCGCUGGAGUUGCAGAGCCUAAGGCGAGAGGUAAUUGCUGCUGGCUUCAAGCUGCCAGACCUGCUCAAGAGUGCGGCCGCUGCCGCGGCGGCCUUCGCCGCGGCGCCAGGGGCGGCGGCCCGCGGGCUCGGCGAAGCGAGGAAGCCCCGCACCGCCCGCAGCGCGUCGGCCGCCGCCAGCUCCGCGCAGCGCGGCGGCUGCAGCGGGGGCGCCGCCCUGGCGGCCUCCGCGACGCUGACCGCGGGGGGCGCGGCGUCGGGCCGACGGCGCAGGCGCGCCCCAGCCUGGCGGCGGGGCGCCGCGGCAGGCAGCGGCGAGGCACCUGGCGGCUCCGAGCAGGAGGGCGCCGGGGGGCCGGACGCCGGGGGCGGCGACGAGAACCCCGUGGUGAGCUGGUGGAACCGGCAAGACGUCGAGCUGAAGGAGGACAUCAAGGUGUUCUUCCAGUCGCUCACCGUUGCCCUCUUCAUCCGGGGUGUCUUCGUGGAGCCGCGGUUCAUACCGUCAUUGUCUAUGUACCCCACGUUCGACGUGGGCGACCAGCUCGCGGUGGACAAGAUCUCGCGGAACUGGCGGUCGUACGAGCGCAGGGACGUGGUCGUGUUCACCCCCCCGCCGGCCUUCAGCGCGGCGGUGGGCGAGGACAAGUCGGGGGAGGCGCUUAUCAAGCGGAUUGUGGCGCUCGAGGGGGACACCGUUGAGGUGAAGAAUGGCGGCCAGCUGUACAUCAACGGUGAGGUCCAGGACGAGCCGUUCACGAACGAGAAGGCCAGGUACAACUUCGGCCCGGUGACGGUCCCCAAGGGCUGCGUGUUCGUGCUCGGCGACAACCGCAACGCCUCCAUGGACGGGCACGUCUGGGGCUUCCUGCCCAAGGACGACCUGCCCGACCCCUGA